GAGAAGGGGAAAGGUGGGCCUCACCCAGGGGGAGGACGAGAAGGAACUUCCUGCCCCCGAACUCCACAGAACAGCGCGCGCGGGCAGGGAGGCGGGAGGCGCGUCAAGGUCAGCCUGGACUAGGGUGGCAGCCUGCCGAGGGGCGGGAGACCCUCCUGAGGGGCUGGGCUGCCUCCUCCAAGCGCCUCGGCCAUAUUGAAUAGCCGCGGCUGAGCUGUCUUUGUCUGCGAAGUCCUCUCCCAAGUUCCAGGCGUGUCCCUAGUGCCUGGGGCAGGAAGAGCCGCGGGCAGCCCGUGCUCCCCAACUUGGAGCUGGCACACCACUUUUGGAGCUUGCUGUGGGCUUUGAGCCUCAGGACUAACCUCACCCCGGCUCACGUAAGCAUCCUGGAAACUGAUUGCAACCAGUCCUUGGGAGGGGACUCUGCCUUGGUCCAGACCGGACUUGUUGCAGGCAGAGAAAUUGGGAGGUGUUGGCUCACCUCCGCCUAGGGAGGUGAUACUCUCUGGGCAGCGCUGCUGGGACCUCCCACCUUCACUUCGAUCCCCAAGAGUAGUGUCCUUUGGGCUUGUUGCCCCCCCACCCCAGAUUUCACCCUGGAGAUCUUAAAGACCCUCGAGAAAAGCCACGUGGGGGGCUGGUUCCCCUGGGGCUUCCUCCCGUCUCCCGACUGCCUGAUACUCUGGACCGUCCCCGACGUCUGCAAAGAUGUGGAUUUGGACGUCCUCGUGGAAGCCCUGAAGCCUGUGGGGACCUUUAAGAAGAUCGGCAAGGUGUUCCGCAAGGAGGAGGACUCCACGGUGGGGAUGCUGCAGAUUGGGGAGGACGUCGACUAUCUGCUCAUCCCCCGGGAGGUCAGGCUGGCUGGGGGCGUCUGGAGGGUCAUCUCCAAGCCUGCCACCAAGGAGGCGGAAUUUCGGGAGCGGCUGACCCAAUUUUUGGAGGAAGAAGGCCGCACCCUGGAGGACGUGGCCCGCAUCAUUGAGAAGAGCACCCCUCACCCGCCCCAGCCCCCCAAAAAACCCAAGGAGCCCCGAGGGAGGAGGAGAGUCCAGCAGAUGGUGACCCCUCCUCCCCGGCUGGUUGUGGGCACCUAUGACAGCAGCAAUGCCAGCGACAGCGAGUUCAGCGACUUCGAGACCUCCAGAGAGAAGGGUAACAAGGGCCACAAAGGCACGGGGCGUGGCAGGAAGGUGCGCAAAAUGCCCGUAAGUUACCUGGGCAGCAAAUUCCUGGGGAGCGACCUGGAGAGCGAGGAUGACGAGGAACUGGUGGAGGCCUUCCUUCGGCGUGGGGAGAAGAAACCCAACGCGCCGCCUGCCCGCCGCCGCGUGAACCUGCCGGUGCCCAUGUUUGAGGACAACUCAGGGCCCCAACCGUCUAAGGCGGACAGGUGGCGAGAGUAUGUCAGCCAGGUUUCCUGGGGGAAGCUGAAGCAGAGGGUGAAGGGUUGGGCGCCGAGGUCCAGCCCAGGAGUGGGCGAGGCCCAGCAGGCCUCCACCAGGGUGGAGAGGGAUGAGGUGCCAGGAAGCGCCAGCUGCAGUGAUAAUGUGGGGAAUGCAGGAGAUGAGCCAGUGCCUGAGGCCCCCCCAAGAAGAUGGAGGCCCAAGAUCAACUGGGCCUCGUUCAGGAGGCGCAAGACGGAGGAAGCAGCAUCCGCAGUUCAGGGGACAGAGGCUACAGCUAAUCAAAGGGUAGAGGCUACAGAUGACCAGAGGGCAGAGGCUGCAGAUGACCAGAGGGCAGAGGCUGCAGAUGACCAGAGGGCAGAGGCUGCAGAUGACCAGAGGGCAGAGGCUGCAGAUGAUCAGAGGGUGGAGGCUGCAGAUGAUCAGAGGGCAGAGGCCAUAGCUGACCAAGAAGCAGAGGCUGUGGAUCACCAGAGGGCAGAGACUGCAGAUAAUCAGAGGGUGGAGGCUGCAGAGAAUCAGAGGAUGGAGGCUGCAGAGGCCAUAGCUGACCAGGGGUCAGAGGCUGCAUCUGGUGGGGCAGAGGCCAUUGCUGACCAGAGGGCAGAGGCUGCACAUGAUCAGGGGGCAGAGGCCAUUGCUGACCAGAGGGCAGGGGCUGCACAUAAUCAGAGGGCAGAAGCCCCAGCUGUCCAGGAAGCUGAAGCCUUAGCUGCCCCUGGGGCCACAGGAGCAACCCCAGGAGUUAGGGCCCGAAAACAGGUGAAGACAGUGAGGUUCCAAACCCCUGGGCGCUUCUCAUGGUUUCGCAAGCGCCGGAGAGCCUUCUGGCACACUCCUCGGGUGCCAACCCUGCCCAAAAGAGUCCCCAGGGCAGGCGAGGCCAGGAGCCUCAGGGUGCUGAGGGCCGAGGCCAGAGCAGAAGGAGAGCAGGGUGAGCAAGAGGACCUGCUGUGAGGUGCAGGCAGGGACGCCAGAGCACCCACCACCCACUAUCUUAUUGGCCACUCAGGGCGCGUCCCUCCCUCUCCUGCCCUUGGACGGAGAUGAUCUUUCUGCCUCCACACCUGAAACUGGAGGUAGAGUGAGGGCCAGGCAGUGCCCCUCACCUCUCUACCUAGCACCCCCUUUUUUUCAUGUUAAAAUUUUAUCUUUCAUGCAUUGAUUUUAAAAACAGUCUAGUAACCCAAGGAAUGUAAAGAAAGAAACCUGUACAAUGGAGUCGCAUUAACUUCCUCAGAUGCGACUCCAGGUGCUCAGCUUGAAAAAGAGAGCGAGGGCAGGGGGAAAUUCCUUCCUCUUCUCCAUUCUCAUCUCCCCUUUGCCUGCACACUUCACACUGACUGCCUCCUUGAACUUACAAAGAGGGCACAAGCCAACAACAUGCAAAUAAAAAUGUUUACAAACUCA